UUAAUUUUAUCAAAGCUACAAAAGUACAAUAUCAUAUUUUAUUCUAACUUCAUUUUGCAAGCAUAUUUAUCAUCUCCCUGAGUCUUUUUAUUAUUUCAAAUUAGUUAAUUUACACCUUCUAUGUUUGUAGUCCAUGACUUUAUUGUUUUGAUCUGUCACACCACAGCGAGCGAACCGUAGCCUGCAUCGUACGAUAGGCCAGCCGAGGCAAGGCAAGUAGCCUAGCCUAGCGAAGAGAGCUACGGAUCCAGGCCCCGUAAUCGGCUGUUGUUCACCCCAGGGCUCAAAGUUCUCAAGCUUGGAUCAGCAUGUAGACAAGGUGCCUUGGAUAACCAAAGUGAAAGCCUUUUCAAAACCAAACAUGGCAGAAAAGGCUGUGAACGGAUUUGCAGAUGACUCAUCUUCAGAUAAGUCCCUCAAAAAGCAUGCAACAGGUGAUGGUGCCACUGUGAAUGGCAUUGAGAAAGUCAGGAAUGGCAGCCCAGACUCUUUUUGCGAUAUUCGCCCUUCCAUGCCGCUUUUCGGCAUGGACAUCGGCGGCACGCUCACCAAGCUGGUCUACUUCGAGCCGGCCAACUUUGACGAGUUCGACCUAGAGGAGAAGGAGACCCUGCAGACCAUCCAUCGCUACCUCAUCGGCAACGUGGCCUACGGCAAGUCGGGAAUCCGCGACGUGCACCUGGAGAUGGAGAACCAGACCAUCUGUGGGCGCACGGGCAAGAUCCACUUCAUCCGCUUCCCGACCAGUCAGAUGCUCUCCUUCAUCGAGCUGGCCAAGUCCAAGAACUUCUCCGGCCUGGCUAGUGGGAUCUGUGCCACCGGGGGCGGGGCCUACAUGUUUGAGGAGAUAUUUGCUAAGGAGGUGCUGCUUCAACUACAUAAAUACGAUGAGAUGGACUGCCUGCUCAAGGGUAUCCACUACAUCGAUCGUUACAACCCUUUCUCAGAAUGCUAUUUCUUCCGCAACCCUCGGGACACAGAACUGUGCAAGAAAAUGCCUUUUGACUUCCGUAACCCUUACCCUUACCUGGUGGUCAAUAUAGGGUCAGGGGUGAGCAUUUUGGCCGUCCGCUCAAAGACAGACUACAGUCGAGUUAGUGGGACCAGCCUGGGCGGUGGCACAUUUUUAGGUCUUUGCUGUUUAUUGACUGGUUGUGAAACAUUUGAAGAGGCCAUCGAGCUUGCAUCGCAGGGAGACAGUAAAAAUAUUGACAAGCUGGUAAGGGACAUUUAUGGCGGAGACUACUCCAAGUUUGGCUUGGCAGGAGAGACCGUGGCUUGCAGUUUUGGUCACAUGAUGAGUAAGGAAAAACGAGACACUUCAUCUCGGGAAGACCUAGCGAGAGCGACACUGGUUACGCUGACCAACAAUAUCGGGUCCAUAGCUCGCAUGUGUGCCAAAACAGAGAAAAUUGAAAGAGUUGUAUUUGUGGGCAACUUUCUGCGAGUGAAUGAGAUUUCCAUGAAACUGCUGGCAUAUGCAAUGGACUUCUGGUCCAAUGGGUCAUUAAAAGCUCUGUUUCUCGAACAUGAGGGAUAUUUUGGAGCAAUGGGCUGCCUCAUGGAAUACCUUCAUCUGAACCAUCCAUGGCAGCAGUAGGCUCAUAUUCUGAAAGGUCCAAGAUUUCACAAGUUCAUCUUUGAGGGCACACUCCUGGGCACAAGUAAAUUUUACUCAUGUUCACUAACAUUACCAAGACUGCUCUUUUACUUCUGACCAAAAUCAGAGGAAAGAGAAGUGAUGAUGACGCAAAAUGUCCAAAAUUGAAAUGCAAGUUUCUCAGCAGUGUAUCAUCCAGCUGUAUAGUUGAGGAGAGUGAAAGACUUUUUUGAGAUAGUCAGGAUGUGAAAUGGGACCAGAUGUGUGUGAUGUAAAGAGCCGAGUGCCACGCCUUAUGCACAUAGAAGUUAUUUAUUUUAACUGUUGUGAUAAAUUCAAAAAUCAUGUCUAAAUCUUUGCAAAACACAUAGCAAUUUCUGAAUUUUGGAUACUGAGAAAUUUUUCAUCCACAUCUAAGCUUCACAUUAACAUAACUGUAUCUGUUCUGGGCAUUGUGAUCUGUAUAGAAUGUUUAUGAAUGCUUGUAGUUUUUGUAUGAAAAUGUGAUAUAUUUUAAAUUAUUCUUUGUCAUCUCUGUUUUGUUUUUUUAGUUAUGCUCUUAGAAGAAGAUGACUUAAAAGACCAUUGUUCUUACAUUUUUCAGCACCAUUACCUACAAGUGAAUGACAAAUUUGUUUUUCUCAUUUCGUUCAGUAUAUGAUCCUUCUUAUAUGUUUACAACAUGUUCAUCCUUUUAAAGUUGUUUCCGAUAACUCAGACUCUCAAUUUAUACCACCAAAACAUAUCUAACACUUCCCAUUGGUUGUUAAUUGUUAAUGAUUGUCCAGGUUGAACAUCUGUAAGCAAUAUGGUGAGGUCUUUUUUUUUUUUUUUUUGGCAUAGAGGAAAUUUUUGUGCUUUUCGUGGUAGUGGACAAAAAUGGCAAAAAUGUCCUCCCCGUGAAAAUGGCAAGUUAAGUAGUUGAUCAUGUUAUAAAUACUAAGGGAAGCAACUUACGCAAGGCAAUCCAUACCAGAACAUCAAUAACCUACAAGUACAAUGCUUGUUGUUUUGUUUUUUAAAAUUUGUUUUGCUUUAUUGGGGGUUUUUUAAAUCGCCAAUUUAGAUUGUGAUGAAAAACAAUACUAUGAGUACUAGUAACACAAUGCUACAGUAACACUUUGCACCACAGAAGUUCCUGUGUUAUCCCCAGUAAUGCCACCAGUGGUGACUAGUACUAGUAUGUACGCCUAGGUUACUCAAGUGACUCAUCUCCCAUUCACCAGCGACCGUAUUGUAACUACGAGUCUCUGGUGAGCAGAGAUAAAAAUCGCUACAGACUUUGUACCUACUGUUUUCUAUCCUACUAUUGAUAGUUCUGGGGCGGGGUCACAUGGGUACUAGUACUGUAGUACACAGUGACCAUUAUCAGUGGCUUUGUUCAACACACAAUACAUUACUUUACAAAAGUAUUUUUUCCUCCGUCCCUUUUUUUCACAUGAGAGUCCAUACCACAAAAGUUCUUUGUCCAGUCAGAGUAAAUAUCAUUUGUGUGAUUUUUUUAGUCUUUUUUAUGUAAAAAAAAAUAAAAAUAAAUAAACACUUAUGAAAAAAACUUUCACAGUAACAAAGAAGAUCUUUACAGCCUAUCAGAUGACCCUUGUUUGCUGUACUUUCUCUCCAGAGGGACAUGUUUUCAAAUGACCCCAUAGUUUUGGUAUGUCUGUAAUUGAAAAGACAAAAUGAAAGAGAAAGAUUUUUCAAACAGAUGUCUCCAUUAAUUGUCAGAAGGGAAAUGAAAUUUCAUGCAAAAGAAAGAAUGCUUUAAAUUGCUAUAUUCAGUUAUAGCAAUACUUAACUUUGCUGAACAGAAUCAGGUCUCAAGUAUUAACCUAGUUUAGCAUCUAAUUUAAGGAAAAUAUUAUAUCAGUUUUAGAUUUUGCUUAUAAGCUUGUGGCGGCUCUUUAACUUGUUGUGUAAAGCGAUAUUUUAAAAAGUUUUAGUGUCUAGUGUUGGUGAACUAAAGAAGCAUGUAACAAAGAUAACUGUAUUUGUAAUCUGUUUUGUCUAUAUUGUGUCCUGAUAGUGGGACAUAUGACACUGGAGCUGUUCAGCAUUUGUCCAGUAUGCUUAGGAAUAUGAAGGAAACCAAUUGUGAAGCAUGCUGACAAAAUGAGUUACUUCUCAGAUUCAGGCCUAUGGAAAUAGAUACAUCACACUUAUAGGUAAAGUUUUAACAAUUUAUAAGUUUGAAAUAAAAGAUAUGUUAUACUUAAACAAUAUGGCAUCUAUAGAAAAUCUACUAAUUUGACCCUAGUGUCAAUUUUUGGCCAAUAUUUCUAUUUGUGGACUGCGAGAAGUAACUCAUUUUGUCAUCACCCUUCACAAUUUAUUCCCCAACUUGAAAUAAAUACUAUUACCAUAACUCUUUAGAUUUUAUCGAAGAUUUAUGUGUGUUAUCAUGGUAAAAUUCUUGUGCUCAUCAAAGUUAUGAAAUUGAAUAGAACAUUUUUUCACCAGUUGGGCAAUUUUGUAUCGAUUUUUGACGAGUACCUAAUUCCCCCGUGUCAUGACGCAUAUUUGUUGUACUUCGAUGUAGGGAAUGUCUGUGCCUGUCAAAUGCUGCUCACUACUAGUGAUCAACCCUGUUCUUGCAUUCGUAUUUACAAGUGUUUCAUCCUACUAGACACAAUGUAUCAUUUCAAAGAAAGAGCAUGUGUUCUCCUAUCAAGACAUUGUGGAGUGGAAAGAUUCUUGGAAGGACAAGGAAAAUAAUUGGGAAACCACCUGGAAUUUAGGUUUUUAUUUCCAUGUCUUAGACCAAGUUCAUAACCUAGCAUACUACUGUAGCAGGCCUUGUUUUACUGAUUUUGUUUCAAGAUAAUUUUACUAUUAAGAAACAUGAUCCUCUUGCAUGGAAAAGACAUUUGAUACUCUACUUGCCUUCCCCUUUUUUUUAAAAGAGAGCUCAAGAGCUCUCAUCAAUUUCUUCCAUUUGAGUGCAUUUGAAAGGCGGAGAGCCUAUAGAUACAAGGCAGCAUGUGUUUGUCAGGAGUUGUGUGGAAAGAAUUGCUUUCACAAUGACCUUAAUAUAUUGACUGUCUACUAUGGAGAUAAGUAUGUUCAAGGGUGUGUGCAUGCAUAUGAAACACUGCUUGUUCUUUGUCUCAAAUGUUGGUUUUUAUCUGAAAAGACUAACAAUGUCUUUGAGAUUUAUUUGUUCAAUUUGGUGUCACACGGGCAGAAUUUUUUCAUUUGAGGUCGAAUUUAAACUGGCGUGUUUAUUGUGAAGUUAAUUUUUUGUUUGUUUCACUCUUUUACACUGCUUUCUCUUCUGCAGCAAUGAUGAAUCUGAUUUUUUUAAAGUCUUGACAGUCAUUGUAUGAAUUGUCGAUAUCUACAGUUCUGCCUGAACACAGCAUUGAGUAGGCCCAUACUUUGUAUUUAAAUUAAAGAAACUUUAUAUUAAAAUAA